GGCGGUAAUAGUUGGCAGAACUCCUGCUGAUGUUGCUCAUGCAGAGGAGGAUGUUGAUGACGACAAUGCCCUCCAACUCCAUGAAACUGCCUCUGAGCAUAUUCUCGAUACACAGUCUUGUACCAUAAUACAAUAAUAGGGAAUGUGAAAGAAGCGGAGAAAUGGAAAUCGCAAAUGUCACCACUUUCCAAUUCUCAACAGCAUCGAGUGAUGAAUUCAUUCUGCACAUAUGAGAAUAAACGGGCGGAGAAGAGUACAAGAAGGCAUUCUAAAUAUACCUCAUCUCAUACAUACUCCUAUCAUCGGAGAUAUAUUGGUGAACGCGUCAGUCGUAGACGUAGAACUCUAUCCUAUCCAUCCAGGUGUCGACCAUCUCCAAAUUAUUCACUAUCAAAAUCUCAUCUAAACAUGAAGUCAUCAGUCUAUGCACCCUGUCCAACUAGACGAUCAUAUCUUAGAACUAUGAGUAAACAUAAUGUGAAUAAUUUAUCCUCCCAAUCUUCUUCAUCAGGUGGUGGUAGUUUGUUCAAUGAAUUUGUCAGUUGGAUACACGGUUUAUUCAGUCGACCGAAUUCCUCACAGUCAGCAGCACCAUCAACAACAACACUCAGUCCAUAUGAUAUCAUAGAUGAUACAUCUGAAUCAAAACUCUACAAUGUGGACGUCAAAUCUACUUCAAGUGAUCGCCAGCAUAAACGACCGUAUUCUGCUCCUAUUCCAAAUAGUCGAUCUUAUCAUAAUAUCACAAGACUAGAAGACAACCACGAUGAAGACGACACCGUCAACACCACCAACACCAGUGAAGCUGGUGAUGACAUAACGACUGACUUUAAAGAUCUGACUAGAAAUUUGAGUACACUGACGCAUACACCAUAUUCACCUGCAUCAUCCGCGUCAUCAUCAUGUCUGCAAUUCAAUAAACCGCCAGAUACAGAGACAAGUUAUUACACACCCUGUGAUGGUAUGAAAGUCGCCUCGUCAAGAACAGAAGUGAUGGUAGUAGUUGGUUUAUCAGUGGCAGAGCUGGCAACGACUACAAUAACCACUGCAAUGAAUCCGCCUCUCUCAUCACCAUCAGUCGAUCAUGCUAACACACCACCAUCAACAACACCACCAACAACAACAAGCAAAACAAAUUCAUUGAAAUCAAAUGAAAUUAUGUUGACGGAGAAUAAUUCAGUAAAUGGUCUUCCGGUCGACAAUUGUCAGUCAAUAAACAGCCAUCCGCGUAAAAGUCAAAAUAUCUCUGAAUUCCAACAUGAUCAUGAUGAUGAUGAUAAUGAAGGCGACAGGUGCAUUAGGCCAGAUCUCACAGAAAUCCAGUCAUCAGUAGUAGUAGCAGCUGGUAAUCGAGAGACUGAUAAACAUUUAACUGCCAAUUUUCAGAAGCCAUCAGUGAUUACUAACUCAUCCUCAGAUAAUUUCAAUAAAAGCAAACAAAAAGAAAUCUCUGAAGUAUCUGUCCCAUUGACAAGCAGUUCUUCAUCUGGAAAACGAUUAAAUCAACAACGGCGUAUUCAUCAAGGUGAUGCUGAUGAUAACACCAGUAGUAAGUCAAUGAGUAGUAAUCACCUUCUUAGACAACAAGUCAAUGAUUCAAAUGUCAUCUUUGAAAUCAGUCUCCGACCUGAAUUGUGUGCCUUAAAGGGAAUCGCUAAACAUACUGACCAGGCGUUAACAGAAAUCAAUGACUCCGUGUUGUUCAAUAAACAAUUACAAUAUGUAAACACACAACUACCAUUACAGGAUAAACAUAGUGCAAUCUAUGUUAAAAGUGUGAAAUAUAUCUCCCACGAUAAUGUAAUACACAUUGAUCAAGAUUCGGCGACAGUAUACGCCAACGGGGAGCAAAUAUCACAGUUGAUUCCUGAAAUACAAAAUCCAUCACCACUGAAUACUCAUAAUGGCAAACAAUCCCUGACAGGGAAUCUGGAGACCUCUGAACAAAUUCUAUCACCUACACUGAAUGUUGAAAUGAAUGAAUUGCAUAGAUCACCACUACCCGGUGUUGUUCACUACUAUGAUAAACACAAUAAUAAUACUGAUCAUCGGAUACUCGCCGGAGAAGACAUAGCCGCCAGUCAUAAACUACUCGAGAAGCGUUUGUCAGAUAUUCAUCAUCAAGGCAUAGUACUAGACAGGGUGCCACCACCAGCGACGACGACAACAACAAUGAUGACGACAGACGAGGAAAGUAGACACAGUAAGUUACUCUGUAUGAAUCAAUUUGGAGAAGGAAUUCUCUCUGGACUUUCCACCUCACAAUUACGCUUAGCAGGGAAGUGUAGUUCAUACGAAUCAGAGAAGGAGCAUGCGGGGGAGGAGGUUUCCAGGGAUAGUUUGAGGAAGAAAAUAAAUCGAUUACAACAACGAAAGAUCACAAUUAUGCCUGAACAAAUUUAUCAUUGUAAAUCAAAUAUUGAAAUGGACCAAUCGAUAAAUUCAUCUCCGCCUGUGACUGUUAACCAGAAUACCACUGUCACAGAGAAAACUAAAAGAAAUGAUCCCCCGGACGAAGAGAUAUACCAGCAUGUAACAACACCGAAUAGACAAGCAAACUUUUCACCUGAAAAGAUUAUAUAUUCUCCAAUUGAUUUCAAGCAUCAUCCAUGUCUCCUGAAUAAAGAAUCAAUAACAACAACAACAGUCACAUCUGAUGAUAUGCAUGAAGCUGUUUUGAAGUGUGAAAAUGAUCAGAACACAAUCACUUCUCCUCUUCUUAAUACCUGCGAAUCAUUAGAACUUUCAGAAUUACAUAAAACUGACACAAAGAUACAAGAUGUACUAGUUUCACAACAACUUUCAUCGAAAUACGCCAAUUCAUUCCCAAUACCAACACAAGUUGAAGUCGAUGUGGUACUCGGUUCUACCACAAUGACGAUGAUGAUUGACAGUGCGAAAAAAGACGAAGCUCAUCAUGAGGAGAAGAAGACGGAGAACAAUAAAGUCAUGAAGGGGAGUCUUCAAAUUAUUAUCAAUGUGAUAUUCCAUUGAACGACAUCAGAACAGAAAGUGAUUGUACAAUACAAUUGGAGGAGUCAAUAAUUCUAUCAAGACAAACUUUUGGGGAUUCA